ACCGUCAUCAAACCGUUAAAGACAAAAACGGAAACCAUUGGUAAGACAAUAUUUGUAGGAGUGAUUUCAUCAAUUCACGUGUAGCAUUUUCAGUGAAAGCAAUAGCAGUUUCCGAUAACAGCAAAACGAAGGAUACGAUCCAAGCAGCAAGCACCUCGUCAUCGUCAUAUCCGAAAACGGAAAACAAAAAAAAGGCACCCACUAAUGAAAAUGGUAAGGAACAAGGAAAUAAAUCUGAGGAAAUUGUUGGCGGAGGACCGAAAUGCAACGAAUAGUUGUUAUCGGCACCGUAUAUAGAACAAACUAUGACGAACAUGAUUGUAACCCGACAACAAUGAUUAGGGUCGACACCAACUCGAUACAUCCACGGGUCAGAUUUGAUUCCAACUCAAUAUAAGCGAACCCGCUGCACUUCACGGGUUGGAAUCGAUUCCGUUUGGAUCACAUCCACGGAUUGUGAAAUGAAACGUAUGACUCACCACUAGCAUAUAAUCAUUGCAAACAUGUUCGUCACUCACCAUCAAAAUUUUAACACACUAAUAUCAAACAAAUUUCCAGUUUUAUUAGCUCCCCCAACCGCAGACGUGCAAGCAAUAAUGUCGUACUUAACGAAGUGUCCCUGGCGAUCAUCAAUGAACCCUAAACAAGAACAAGAAACUCCAGUUUGUUCAACACACAAACAAAAUCAACUAGAACCACAACAAGAAAAUGAGCAACAACAACAACAGAAAGAGAAACAACAACAACAACAGAAAGAGAAACGACAACAACAACAGAAAGAGGCACAACAACAACAAGAUCUCCAAAAAAAUAGCCAUGAACAAUUUCAAACAGUAUUGGUAGAAACACAAUUUGAAGAACAAUACCAACGAGAUCCAUCAACAAAUGUUUCCACAUCAAAUGUCUCCAUGACAGGGUCACAUCUUCAGUAUUUGCCACGUUCUAGAUGCAAUUCAUUAGAUGAUUAUCUUCACAACCAUUCAUUCGAUGAAACCCUAUCCAUACCGAUAUCGACACCCGCACCAAAUGACAAUAGUAAGGCAAUACCUACAACAACCUCAACUACGACUGCAACUACAUCAGCCAAGCAGAAAAGCAAAAAAAAAAUUUCAUCAUUAGAGCGCAAAUUGGACCUUUUAAAUACCAAAUUAGAUUACAUAAUAGAUGUAUUACACGAAAAAUCAGGACAUAGUGAGCCAGUGAGUGAAUUUGAUUUCGAAGCAAUACAGGACCAAAAACAAUUAGAGGAUUUUGAAAGCCAGCUAGGAGAAUCAAAUGGUAUUUUUAAACAAAAAAUUUUAACGGAACUGCGAAGUUCAUUAAAGUUAGGGAACUCUAAAUACCAAAUACACCAAGCAUUGGACUUACUAUUUUCCCGGCAAUUUUUAGCUAAAAUGACUUGGUCCGGACGCAGUAAAACAGAGCAAAAGAUUCCUUUCUCGUCCUACACUAACAUAAAAAAAAUAUUCUUGGAAAUUGCGGAGACAAAAUUUGUGAAACCGGCGGAAAGAUUUGUUUUUGAUUAUAUAGGACAGAAAUUACGACAUGCCAGCUCUAGACUUAAUUUGUCCGGAGCUCGUGCUUCUACUUCUCAUAAUUUUAAGCCUAAACACUAA